AUGUAUGUAGCUCAGCCACUUAUCGAGGACUUUAAUCAUGCGCUGAAGAGGGCUAGAGUGGAGGUUCAACUGGUGUUGAGCUUUUCGGAUGAGGAUAAGUUCGAGAAUUUGACAGUAUACAAUUCACCUUUGGUAAGCUUUGAUGGAAAAGUCGUCAUUUCAAAGGGUCAGAUUAGACUACCCGUACAAGCAGGUUCAAAGGUAGUGGAGGUAAACUUCAUUGUAGUGGAUGCCUAUUCUCCCUACAUGGCCAUCGUGGCAAGACUCUGGCUUCAUGCCCUAGGGGUCGUCUCAUCGACUUUGCGUUUGAAGGGAUUUGAAUGGACUGAGGAGUGUGUCUUGGCUUUCCAGCAGUUGAAGGAGUACCUUUCUCUACCACCAAUCAUGUCUAGACCUGAGGUGGACGAGGUUUUGUUUGCUUACAUUGCAGUGGCCUCCCACGUGGUGAGCUUGGUGCUGGUACGAGUUGAUAGUGGUGUGCAAAGGCCAGUAUACUAUGUGAGCAAGUCAUUAUAUGCGACCGAGGUCCGUUACCUACCACUGGAGAAGGCUAUUUUGGCAGUGGUGCAUGCUACACGUAAACUCCCCCAUUAUUUCCAGUCACACAUAGUUGUUGUCCUAACCCAACUCCGUCUCAGAUCUCUACUCCAAAGUGCUGAUUAUAGGAGGAGGAUUGCCAAGUGGGUGGAGAUAUUCACAGAUUCAAGGCUUGUUGUGGGCCAAGUUCAGGGAGAGUUGGAGGCCAAGGACUACAUUCCUAGAAGUGGAAACACCCAUGCUAAUUCUUUGGCCACACUAGCAACCUUUUCGGCACAAAGCCUGUCUCGGGUUAUUCUUGUUAAAGAUUUGUGCAAGCCUAUUGAAGUGAAAAGAGAGAUGGUCCACAUCCAUCAAAUUAGGGUGGGGCCUAGUUGGAUGGACCCUAUAGCGCUAUUCCUUAAGGAAGAUAUUUUUCUUGAGGAGAAAUCAGAAGUUGACAAGAUACUGAGAAAGACUCCUCGGUUCUGGCUGUCCGAGAACCAAAAACUGUACAAACGCUCUUUCUUUGGGCCAUACUUGUUGUGCAUACACCUUGAGGCAUCAGAGCUAAUUCUAGAGGAGUUACAUGAAGGGAUUUGUGGAAGAAACAAAGGGGGCAAAUCCUUGUCUCACAGAGCCCUUACACAGGAAUUAUGA